AGUGUGAGUGUCCAUGUUUGCUCGUGUUUCCUGCGAAAAUAAACAAAAUCGAUCGGGAUAUUUAUUUGAUAAACCAGUACAGGACUCAUCUUCCAGAAAAGAUACGGCAAACGAUGAUAAAUGGGCUUCUUGCCUACCAUGUCCUGACACUGGAUUUUACAACCUCGUCGAUCAUUUCUGCAUCAAUUUGAAUAUGAAUACAAUGAGUUUCUUCCAUUUAGGAUUUCUUCUACAUUAUGUUGGUUUCAUCAGAGACUGAGAUCGUUUGACGUCCAUCACAUCAGGUUUGAUGUUAAGAGCUCGAGAUAUCCUAAAAAACACUGAGGAGCCUUUCUCUUUUCAUUCCCGAGGGUCACAGCGAGAAUUUCAUUCGAGGGUUCAUUCAACGCAAUUGAAUUAAUUAAAUCAAAUGGUAACAUUAAUGUUUAGUAUUGUUAAUGGUCCGUUUGCAGAAAACUAAACAAAUGCAUUUGCGUUACCUCACAAUACUUUUGCAAACUUGGCAUCACUUUUUGACUGCACCGGUAUAGGCAGUGUAGACUGGUAUAGUUGAAAAUUCACAGAUUCACAGGUUUUUUUAAUUGUAUUUUUUAUUUUUUUUAUUUUUUUACAGUUAAAUGAAUCCCCAGAAUUAUUUAAAGGUAUGUUUCGAAAACAAAGAGUUGCUGUAAAACCAACCGGAGAUCUUUUAUGUGUGAGAUUUCCAGUUUAAAUUGUCGAUAAAGAUGUCCAAACUUGAGCGUCUGAACUUCCGAGUGGAGAAGCUGCUGUCUAAAGCUGUGCAGGAGGUUCUGAAGGUGGUAAAUGAGACUGUGUCAGAGUACCAGGAGAAAACUGCCAGAACACAGAGAGAGAACCAGAGUCUGAAGAGGAGACUGCAGGAGCUGCAGGAGAGCACACGACUGGAAAGCAAUGGGAUUGCGGCACAAACGUCCCUUGCAGCCCCGCAGUCUGAUGCUGAGAUUAAUCUCAUGGAACAGGGACAAAACGAAGAGCAGGAAGAGGUGAUUAAACUCAUCUCCUUUGACAAAGACAGUGCAGCAAUGUGUCCCUCAUAUUCAUUCAAAGACUUUGACUGUGAAGCAACCACAAAAACAUUACCCAACUCCUGUCUCUCCCCUUGUGCUAUAACCAGCUCACAUUAUAAAGGUGAUAACUUGUCUGAACCAAAAACUCUAAAAACUGAGAUCAAAGAUGGACUUUCAGCAUCAAUUUCAAACCACAUGGUCUGUACCACCGCGGUUAUAAACUCUGAAAAAGAUCAUACAAUAAAAGAAGAGGCUACAUUGGAAGAAUGCACCGUGCACAGCAAAAGUGAUUCAUAUGCUGAGGAUGCAAGAACAGCGACAUCCCUUUACGCGCUACACCUAGAACCUUCUCAAGCCAAUUCAGGACUCUCUAAUGACACAAGGCUUGUCUUUAGUCUGAACCAAAAUGGAAUAGACGAGCCACUGACUCAAGGAUACAAAGACAUGGACAGUGAAACAGCAGGAAAACAAUACACCGCCCAGAAGAACACAAAAGCUGAAGGUCCAGGCUUAAGAAUUUUCCAAAGAAAUGUGAGAAAACACUACAGCUGUGUGCUGUGUGGCCGCACCUUCAGGCAUGCUGGCGACUUUAAGAAACACAGUCGGGUGCACACUGGGGAGAAGCCGUACUGCUGUUCAGUGUGCGGGAAGAGAUUCAGUCAGUCAGGCUACCUGAAAGUUCACCUGCGCUACCACACAGGGGAGAAACCAUUCAAGUGCAGCCACUGUGGUAAAAGCUUCAGUCACUCGAGUAACAUGAAGAAACACCAGCAGACUCAUCUGUGAGCCUUCCAUGUAUACAGUUGUUGUUUUUUUAUUGAUUCAUAGACACAGCGCUGCCUGUUUUCAUGCAGAUAGAAAUAACCCAGACAGUUUCAAGUCAAAUAAGUCGUACCUUUAGCUUUUAAGUAUCAAGCACAGUCUAGUAUUUCAAACAUUCCUGCUGUACUACCAUUGUCUGAUCUUGACUUUCUUUGUGCAUACUUUUUUUGUGUCCUUUUUUUUUUUUUUUUUUUUUUUUUUUGGUUAAGGUUCCACAUUCAUUUUCAAACCAAAUGAAUCUUUUUGGUGCUUCUUUAUUGUCAAGUUUUCUUUAUCAACAAGUUUCCUUUACAAUGAUUCGACAUAAUCUAAAUCCUAAAAUCGACACCAGACGUUGCUGACUUCAUAACACUUUAGAGCGUCGAGUAAAUUGAAGAGUUCAGUAUGAUCAGUGUGUGUAAAAGUAUUGAAAUGAUUGUCUUAUUGUGAUCAGUCUAAAGGUGUGUUUUCAGUCAUAAAUAAUCAGGCAUGCCACAUGAAAGUACGUAGUAAAUCCAGCCUUUAGAGAUAUCAGCAUAAGUAGAGAAAAAAACUGUCAAUAGCUGAUCUCUGACACUUAACGAGGCUGUGAAUGUAUGUAUAAAAAUAGCUACAAAAAGUAUAGGUCCAUGGAAAAAGUGUAAGCGUUUAAAGAUGCCCAAGUUUGCCAUGAGGCCAGAUGAGUCUGUUAUGCUUGAAGCAAAUGAAUCCAGUUGCAGCGUAAGAAUGAUAGAUAUAGUUAAAGCCCUAAAAAAAACUAGUGUUAUUUUCAAAGCAGCUCCUUGUGGUCAAUAUUGACACAAAGAACUACAUUAUAAAAUGAAAGAAGCCUUAUCACACCAUUUGUGGACAGGACACAGUCAAUGGUCUAUUGUUAGAAGAGAUUUACAGAACAUGAUGUCAUCCAAUAUGUCAACAGCACAAAUUCCAGACCAAAAUUGGGAUUCAAUACUUUAUUAUAUGUAACACAUAAUGCAAUAGGAGUAUCUGUGCAUCUGUCUUAUCUGUUUUACAGUCAUAUGUACUGAACUGGAUUACUCAGCAUUAAAUGUUUUACUGUUACAUGUUU